UGCAAUUCUUACAUGGAUAGUACCGAAUGUAAGGGUUAUGAUCGAGCGAAAGGCAAAGCCUAGAAGACGUGCAGAUUGGUGGAAACAAGUUAUGGAUGUGAUAGAGAAAUCGACAGAAUUAUUUAAAAAGUUGGUACAAAUCAGCCAACCAAAGAAUGCAAAAGUUGUAUACCAUGCGAGGGAUGAAAAUAACGAACCAGCU